CGUCUCCUUUCUCUGUCUCCGUUUCCUCUCUGUCUCAUUCCUCCUCUCCUCUCUGUCUCAAUUCACGGACACGUCUGUCGCUCAGUGUAUCUGCAGUUUCUCUACUGUCUUAUUACUUAUAAGUCAUGAACACUUUUGGUAUCGGCGGUGUCGCGGAGGCUCCCCAGAGGAGGGCCCACCUUUACGUCGGCAACCUGAGUCCGCGGGUGACCGAGUAUAUGCUCACAGAGAUCUUUGCUGUCGCUGGUCCCGUCCAACAUGUGAAAAUCAUCCCCGACCGUAACUACCAGCACGGCGGCCUCAACUAUGGCUUCGUCGAGUACAUUGACAUGCGCGCUGCCGAGACGGCGCUUCAGACGCUCAAUGGCCGCAAGAUCUUCGACACAGAGAUUCGCGUCAACUGGGCCUACCAGGGCAAUCAAAACAAGGAGGACACAUCCAACCACUAUCAUGUGUUUGUCGGCGACCUCAGCCCUGAGGUCAACGACGAGGUGCUGCAGAAGGCCUUCAGCGCCUUCGGCUCGCUGUCGGAUGCCCGCGUUAUGUGGGACAUGAACUCGGGCAAGUCCCGUGGCUACGGUUUCCUCGCCUUCCGCGACAAGACCGACGCCGAGCAGGCGAUCGCCACCAUGAACGGCGAAUGGCUCGGCUCCCGCGCAAUCCGUGUCAACUGGGCCAACCAGAAGACCCAGGGCGCCAUGGGAGGCGGAGCUCCUGCCCCUGCUGCCGCUCGUCCCUCGCCCGGCUUGGGAGGCUCACCGGCCCCUAUGAACUUCCAGGGCGGCCCGAUCUCGUACGAGUCCGUCGUUUCCCAGACACCCGCCUACAACUCCACCGUCUACGUUGGCAACCUGGUCCCGUAUUGCACUCAGGCGGACCUCAUUCCCCUCUUCCAGUCUAUCGGCUACCUGCAGGAGAUCAGGAUGCAGGCCGACCGCGGCUUUGCGUUCGUCAAGCUUGACACGCACGAGCACGCCGCGAUGGCGAUCAUCCAACUUCAGGGUCAGAUGGUUCACGGGCGGCCGAUCAAGUGCAGCUGGGGUAAGGACCGGGCCGAUGGCGGCGCCGUCGGUACGCCGAUCAGCCCUAGCCCGAGCUCUCCCUUCCCGAGCAUGCCCGCGUAUGGCAUGCCCCAGCCAAACAUGUACGGCUCCUAUGGUUUCGCUGGCUAUGGCGGGUUGGCUGCUGGUGGGACUCCGGGGUUGACUGGUACCGGUGCUGAUGGUACUGCCGCCGCUGGCACUGCGGACCCUACCGCUGCUGCUGCCGCCGCCGCCGCGGGCACUGCUCAGUGGCCCGCGGACGCGAGCUCGUACUAUGCCAACUAUUGGAGCACUUAUUACAACCAGCAGGCUGCAGCUGCUGGCCAGACCGGUGGUCAGCAGCCUCAGGGCAGCUCCUGAACAUGAAGUACUCACAUGGACUAGCCGCGCUUCCGAAUGCCGUAUAUUGUGCGUAUGUUAUCAGAUCAUCCGCAAGAGAGCGAACCAUUUGAGCGAAGUCGGCAUAUCUGUCCUUUUCCUAGGGUCUUUGAGUAUAGGUCAGAUGUAAGACCAAGUACAGAAUAAACCAGUUUGAUUUUGUG